AUGAUUACCGCAAAACCAGGCUACUGGAUUAUGACCGAGUUUAGCGGCCUUCCUGUCCUAAAUUGGGGGGGGAUUUUCUUCUCUCCCAAACACCCAGGACUAUCUACCGCGCGAGCCCGCAUUCUCGUCUGUGGUGUCUGUGGUAUUUCUGGAGUCGAUAAUACUAUGAGGGCCGGUGGAUAUACUCGCGUCCCUCGGACGCCGCAUCCGGGUUUUGCGCCUGAAUACGAAAUUGUUGGUAUCGUUGAUGAGUUUGGAGAUCAGAAUCGCAACAAUGGUUUCAAGACCGGAGAUGUCAGUGGCUCUGCCAUAUAUGCGAUUGUUCCCCUGGACAGGAUGUUCAAGUUGAGACCGGCAGACAAUCUGGUGAAAGCAUUUGCAUUGCCUUUGAACUACACGACCGCUUUUGGAAUGUUGCUGGAGAGGCCAAAGAAAUCAGUUCAAAAGUGA